ACCGUUGGUGUCUGUUGAUGGUUACUUUAAAAAUAAUUUCGUUUACCCAAUCUUUUUUUGGUAUAUUUGUGAAAAAUAUACUUUGUACUACAGUUAUAGUAGAAUUGUCUUAAAAUCUAAGUUAUAAUGAAGUCCGCUAAAUCUAAACAGAGACUGAACGAAAUGCGUACACCAGCUCGAAGUAAGCAGAAUUUGCUUACUGGCGAUCGUGACCCCGUCUACGUGUUUUGCCGUCUUCGACCCAUGCAAAGAGAUGCUGAUGUGCCUUGUGUAAAGAUAAUAUCCCCUACUACAGUUCUAAUGUCUCCACCAUCAACCGCGUUGAGUUACAGAAAUGAAAAUAGCAAAACUAUGAAAUAUACUUUCAGGGAAGUUUUUCCUCCAGAAACCUCGCAACAGGAAGUGUUUGAUAAGGUAGCCUUGUCAUUAGUCGAAGGUUUAGUCAAAGGUAAAAAUGGUUUACUAUUUACCUACGGUGUAACAGGCAGUGGGAAGACAUUUACGAUGACAGGGGAGUCAAACAACUGCGGCGUACUACCCAGAUGUCUUAAUAUUAUUUUUAAAACGAUUAAUGACUGUCAAGCACACAAAUACGUGUUUAAACCAGACAAAAUGAACAUGUUCGAUAUACAAACUGAGGCAGAAGCCAUGUUGGAAAGACAACAGGAGUUACACAAAUUUAAAACUGGUAAAAAAAAUCACUCAAACCCAGACUUGGCUAUGUCGUCAAGAGAUGUCACAAAAAUUGAGGGCCUCAAUGAAGACAAUCAAUAUGCAGUAUUUGUGUCAUAUGUUGAGGUUUACAACAAUAGUGUCUUUGAUUUAUUAGAAGACGGCCCACCGAGUAAAACUCCAUCUGCAAAACUGAUCAGAGAAGAUGGAGCUCGCAACACAUAUGUACAUGGUGUCACCGAAAUCGAAAUAAAGUCUGCUGAAGAAGCUUUUGAUGCUUUCUAUCUUGGUUUGAAACGAAAAAGAAUAGCUCACACUAGUUUAAAUGCGGAAUCUAGUAGAAGCCAUUCAGUCUUCACAAUCAGACUAGUGCAGGCACCAGUAGACGCAGAAGGUGAAGCUGUGAUACAAAAUAAGAAAUUCCUGUCGAUCAGCCAACUAAGUUUAGUUGAUUUAGCUGGCAGUGAACGAACAAACAGGACAAAAAAUACUGGACAGAGAUUGAGGGAAACAGGUAAUAUAAAUAAAUCUUUAAUGACACUAAGAUCAUGCCUUGAAGCAUUGAGAGAAAAUCAGAUUGGUGCUGCAAAUAACAUUGUGCCAUACAGAGAAUCUAAGUUGACUUUUUUGUUCAAAAACUUCUUUGAAGGUGAAGGUCAAGUCCGUAUGAUUGUUUGUGCCAAUCCAAGAGCUGAAGAUUAUGACGAGACACUCCAAGUUAUGAGGUUUGCUGAAAUAGCGGCAGAGGUAGAAGUUGCUAAGCCUCAAAUCACAGAUAUUGGUGCAACUAUUGGUCUUAUGACUGGUAGGCGCAAAGCUAAUAGAUUAUUUAAUGCUGCAAAGGAAAAUUUGGCCAGGCCUGAAGCUAAAGAUCUGGAAUUAGAUUUAGGUUUAGUGUACAGUCUAGGUCCAGAUUUUCCUAGUUUAGAACUGAACAGCUCCCAAGCUGCACAUAUUACUAAGGAAUUAAUGGCUCAUUUAGAGAUGAGAAUUAAUAGAAGAGAACAAUUGAAAAGAAUUAAGGCAUUAAAAGAUGAAAGAUUUAGGUCUUCUUUGUUGGAACUAGAAAAAGAGUUGAUGGAGUUGAAAAGUGAGAAUAUGUCUUUGCGUGGACAGUUGAGUACUGCAGACCAAAGGAUAAGAGCAUUGGAGGACCGAAUAACAACAACUGAAAAUACAUCAGCAAUAAAUCAAAGAAAGCUGACUGAGAUUACAGAAUAUACCUCACAAUUAAAAAGAGAAUUGCAGGAAAAAGAUCUGCUUUUAAAUCAGAAUAAAUUAGAGAAAGAAAAGCAGAAGAAGAUUUUGGAACGCAAAUAUAAUAAUAAAAUUGCAGCUGAACAUGAAAAAGCUAGGGAGAUACAUACUGAAAAUGAGAGAUUAAAAAGUACUAAGAAGGAACAUGAAAAGAUUUUUAAGGUGAUUGGUCAGGCUUUGAAAAGUGGUAAUGAGGGAGGUGACAAUAUUGACUACCCAAGAAGCACUGGGGAUGUGGCAGCUGAAACAUACAGGGACUUUACACCAGGAUCAACACCAAGAGCUCUGCCAGCUCAUAUGUUGACACCUUUCAGUUUAGCUCAGAAUAAAGAAACUCCAGGUUCCUCACGUCGUGGUAUUGCUGUUGCUAAUCCUAGGCAUAGACGAUCAUUGUCUGCUGAUGGUCGUGGUUGGGUUGAACAUACCCCUAGUAAGAUCGUUCCAAUGGGUACAGUCAUGAAACCUAGUAUAGUCAACAGCAAAGUUGUUAACAAACUGAAAAGUGUAAAGGAUAUCGCUAAUUCGAAAACAUCUAAGUACUGCUUAAUAUCACAAGAGCAAGAUACAGAUGGGGAGUUGGAGACUAAACUUUAUAAAGGUGAUGUUGUCCCCACUUGUGGUGGUGGAGCACAAGUUAUAUUCAGUGAUGUUGAAAUGCUCAAACAGUUUUCUCCUACCAGAGAAUCAAAUCAAUCAAACAAUAUUUCAGGGCCCUCGUGUGCUCGCCAUUCAGGCAAGAGGCGUGAAACGACACACUCUCCCCCACAAACACCAUCAAACGCUAGUAAAAAGCAAAGAAUAGUAAUUGGUGAAGAUUAAUGUUUUUUCUACUAUACAAACUUGUAUACAUGACAUCAAUUCAUUUUCUAAUAUAACAAACUUUUAUUACUUAAAAGUUGCAGGUUUAACACGUCAUCUUUAUUAUAAGUUCUUAUAUGUUUUUGUACUUAAUUAA